UCAACUGCCUUAUCGUAAACAACUAUGAGCAACUACUGGUCACGGCGAUUUAAAGCAUUUCACGUUAUCUGACCUGUCAAGAUCGCACUUUCCGAUCGCGAAUCGGAGGGAGGAUGCGCAGCUCGGAGCAUGGAAGCGGCGGCGACGCCAGCGAGGGUUUGGCCUCCUACUGGUGGCGCUCCAUCGCCGAGGAGUCGCCGAAGGGGGAGGGCACGUCGCCGCACGCGCGGGCUGUGAGCGAGCUCGAGAGGCUCGCGGCGGCGGGGACCGACUCCCUCGACGAACUCCGGCACAGGCUUCUGUCCUACAAGCCCGGGGAUCUCUGGUUCCCCACCGGCGGGAUCCCGAAGGAGGAGAUGGACGUCCCCCCAAUCAUCACCAUCCUGCUGGUGGGGCUCGCCGGCGCCGGCAAAAGCUCGCUGGUGGAUCUCAUGUACUGCGUCCUCGGCCGCGCUGGAUUGGUCCACUUCACUUCCCCCGCAGACAAAGAGGGGAGAACGGUGUGCCUGGAGGAACACAAUGUGCUGAGGUCCAUGCGAAACGGCUUCUGCGUCUUCGAUUCCCGAGGUUUCGACUGCCGCAGAAUGGCCGAUGGCCUCGAGGAAGUGGCGGAGUGGAUGCGCGAUGGUGUCCGGCACCGCCAGCCUUGUCACGGCGCCGUCGAUGAUUCGACAUCCGCUGGGUUCCACGCAGUCAAUCGCUUCGCCCGCCGGCGGGUCAACUACACCGUGGUGGUCGCCGACCUCUACGACCUCCACCAAUCGCUCCUCUCCGGCGAUAGCCGCCCGCUCGAGGCCACCGGCGAGCUCUUCCACUUCCCUCCCAUCAGAAACAGUACCAAGGAGAGCCCGAUGCUGGUGCUGACGCACGGCGACAAGCUAUCGCCGGAGGAGAGGAUGGCGGCGCGGGGGAAGGUGUGCGCGUACCUGGGCGUCUCGGAGACGAAGGGCACCUACGACAUCUCGUGCCUGAACGAGUACGGCGCGGCGGUGGAGGAGAUGGACCCGGCGACGUCGUACGCCGUUGGCGAGGCGGUGUUCCGGGCGCUGGCGGUGGCGGACAGGAGCCACCGCCCGAGGAUCCGCCCCGAGGACUGGCUACUUCUGGUGGUCUCCUGGCUGAUGUGCGGUCUCGCCGCCAUCUUCGCCUUCCUCUCUUCCUGCUGCGCCAAGAUUGGUAAACCCAAAUAAG